AUGGGACCCCGGGCCAGGGAAGUCUGCUGCCUCAUCAUCCUGCCGCAGCUCCUGGCUGAGCCGGCUGGGAACUCAGACUUCUACUUAUCUGGGGAUUACCUCCUCGGCGGCCUCUUCACCCUCCAUGCCAACGUGAAGGGUAUCGUCCGCCUCAACCUCCUGCACAUGCCCCAGUGCAAGGAGUAUGAAAUAAAGGUGUUGGGCUACGAUCUCAUGCAGGCCAUGCGCUUUGCAGGGGAGGAGAUCAACAGCCAGAGCAGCCUGCUGCCUGGCGUGCUGCUGGGCUACGAGAUGGUGGAUGUCGGCUACACCUCCAACGACGUCCAGCCCGUGCUCCACUUGCCGGCAAAGGAGGACUGUUCCUUGCCCAUCCAGGAGGACUACAGCCACUGUGUGCCCCAUGUGGUGGCUGUCAACUCAGUUGGUCCUGGCAACUCUGAGUCCACUGUGACUGUGGCCCGCUUCCUCUCUCUCUUCCUCCUUCCACAGGGGAGGCCCCUGGGUCCUGGGAUCACCUACAGCGCCAUCAGUGACGAGCUACGGGACAAGCAGCGCUUCCCGGCCCUUCUGCGCACAGAGCCGGGCGCCGAUCACCAGAUCGAGGCCAUGGUGCAGCUGAUGUUGUACUUCCGCCGGAACUGGAUCAUCGCGCUGGUGAGCAGCGGCGACUGCGGCUACGACAACAGCCAGCUGCUCAGCGAUCGCCCGGCCGGCGGCGACAUCUGCAUCGCCUUCCGGGAGACGCUGCCCAUGCCCCAGCCCAACCAGGCGGUGACGCAGUGGGAGCGCCGGCGCCUGAAGGCCAUCGUGGACGAGCAGCAGCAGCAGCAGAGCUCUGUGCGCCUCGUGGUCCUGUUGUCGCCAGAGCUGGUCCUGCACAACUUCUUCCGCGAGGUGCUCCGCCAGAACCUCACGGGCGUCGUGCGGAUCGCCUCCGAGUCCUGGGCCAUCGACCCGGUCCUGCACGACAGGCCCACGCGCCGCACAGCCUCCUGGGCUGCACCCAGACCAGCAGCCCCUGUAUCCCUGGCAGGACGCCAGCUUCGCUUCCUUUCCCUGUGGCCUCUCCAGCUGCUUCAGGAAAUCUGGAAGGUCAACUUCACCCUCCUGGACCACCAGAUCUUUUUUGACCAGCGAGGGGACCUACUCAUGCGCCUGGAGAUCAUCCAGUGACGGUGGGACCCGAGCCAACCUUUCAGGAGCAUCGCCUCCUACUGCCCGGUGCUACGACGGCUGAGGGCCAUCCGUGACGGCUCCUGGCACACGGCCAACAACACGGUCACGUGUGUGGGUGCCCAGCAGCUCCCCACGAGCAUCUCACACGACAGCCCCUGGGCAGAGAGCAAAAGAGACCGAGUGCAGCUUAGGGGAGGUGCUGACAGCCUGGUGGGCUGGCACGUUUGGGGCAGCAGCCAGCCCGGCGUCUUCAUGGGGACUCGAGUGGACACCAUCACAGGCCCUGUAGCCACAGUGGGGGCCAGGCCCACCGAGCAGCCGGCCAAGCCAUUCGUCACUGCCCAGCCGUCCAAGAAUAUCCACUCUCCGGGGCCUUUCUCCGUCCACACCAAACGGGAACUGCUGUGGGCUCUUGCAGACGAGUUUGGCUGCCGGCCCUGCCCGAGUUGCGGGUGGUCCCGGAGGAACGACGCUUCCUGCUUCAAGCAGCGGCUGGCCUCCCUUGAAUGGCGCGAGGCACCCGCCGUCGCUGUGGCCGUGCUGUCCAUCCUGGGCUCCCUCCGCACCCUGGCCAUCUUGGUGAUCUUCUGGAGGCACCGCCACGCGCCCAUGGUUCGUUUGGCCGGGGGCUCCAGGUGCUUCCUGAUGCCACUGCUGCUGGCAUAGGUGACGGUCCCCAUGUACGUCGGGCAGCCCACGUUUUUCAUGUGCCUCGGCCGCCAGACCCUCUUCGCCCUCUGCUUCACCGUCUGUAUCUCCCGUGUCACCGUGCGCUCUUUCCAGAUCGUCCGCGUCUUCAACAUGGCCAGGCGCCUCCCGCGUGCCUACGGCUACUGGGUCCGCUACCACGGGCCCUGUGUCUUCGUGGCGUCCUUCACGGUGCUCAAGGUGGUCAUCGUGGCGGGCAACGUGCUGGCCGCGACCGCCGAGCCCGCCGCCCGCCCCGACCCCGAUGACCCCAAGAUCGCGGUUCUCGCCUGCAACUACCGCAACGUGCUGCUGUCCGACACCAGCCUGGACCCGUGGCGGCUUCUGUCCGUGGCGGGUUUCAGCUUCGCCUACGUGGGCAAGGAGCUGCCCACCACCCACAACGAGGCCAAGUUCAUCACCUUCCGCAUGACCUUCUACUCCACCUCUUCCAUCUCCCUCCGUACCUUCAUGUCUGUCUACGAGGGGGUCCUGGUCACCAUCCUGCACCUCGUGGCUGCAGUGCUCGACCUUCUGGGCUUCUUCGGCCCCAAGUGCUGCGUGGUCCUCUUCUACCCGGAUCAGCCCGGCUACUUCAGCAGCAUGAUUCAGGGCUACACCACGGGGAAGGACUAG